AGAACCUUGAACAUUUACAUACUAUAUGAGUUUGUUUUGUUACAGAGGGCAUUCUCAGCUACAGCAUGCCUCAAGGAGUCAAAGUCAAUUCAGAAUUGGAUCUCACCGAUCGCACUUAUGAUGGAGUAGAGGAAAUGAGCCACCUGUCAAAUGGUUUGGGCCAACUAGUGGAUGGGAAGAAAGGAAAUGACAAUUUCAACCUGGAUGUCUCUGGAUUUGGUAGAGAUCUUGGGAACCUAUCCGGUGAAGUACGAAGAGAUCUGACGAAAUCCAGGAAAUCUGAAGAGAUCUCUGGAUCUCAUAUAUUUUCAAGGGGAUCCAAGGAUUUUGAACGAGAUCCAAAGAUAAGAGAGAAAGAGCGAAAGAAGGGAAAUCUCAGUGAAGAAGGCCUUUUGUUCCACAAAAGUGUCAGCGGGUACUCCAAACUGGUAUAUCUUCAACCACUAAAAAUCAAAAUCUUGCAAAUGACUCAUUCCUGUUUGAGCAAAUUCCCUAGGACAUGAUUGAGUAUGAGAGGCUGAAUGUGCCAAGCAACAUACCUUCACGGACGAUUACCAAAGCUUGACAGGGACAAAG